ACUGAUUUUAACUCCGCGGAUAAUCCUGGCAUUGUUCUUCGGAAUGUUUGCGUAGAAGUUCCAGUUUACUUACUUAGAUUUACCUCGGAAACUGUAACGGAAGAGAAGUGUCGUGGUAAAUUUAAGCCACUGGGUAUUGGACCAGCCACUUGACAUGCUGCAGUUCUAAGUUCUAACGAUAAGUCCUGAAUUUGAGAAGUCAUGCGUCUGCUUCGGUCUGUAUCAUCGCUGUAUUCGUCGGGGACUUGCGGACUCCGGGAUCGUGUUAGUGUGGUCAGUCCCAUAGCUGUCCAUCACGUUCCAGUACGCCACGGCACGAAACGGACCAGUAAAACUCUGCAUUACAGCCCCCAAGACUACACGCGCGAUAUCUAUGCCAAAGUAAGCAAAUCGCUGUACCACAAUCCGGAUGACUGGACUGAAGAACCUCAAUAUCCAGAGAUCAUUCAGCCACUUAACACUCCCGAUGGCAUUCGGUACCAAAGGCGGUUGGAAGGCGCGAAGAUUGCCGCUGAACCUGGUGUUCAUGACAAAAUCCGAUCGCUCACUUACGCUCCUGAUCCUCUUAUCUUGAAAAGACGUCAGCGGCUAAACGACCGCUACAAAGCGUUUUGGCAGCCAUGGAUGAUUCCGGGAUUUUCGCUCAAGUAUGAUAUUCUUCCGUUCUACCAACAUCUGACACAUACGGCCGUGGUGGGCGACGAUCUGCCGCUGGAUUAUUAUAUUAAUGCGGCCACACUGGAUGCCAUCGUGGAGAAGAUUCGCCUGCCUGUCAUCGAUGCGCUGUUGAUGCAGAAAAAGUUUUUUAAUAAGAAUUUGACUCUUAUUCCCGAGGAAGAACAGGGACUACUGAAUUCGGCCCAGAAUGUGGUGGAAGCCCUGGUGCGUGCGGUGGAUAUUGUGUGCGCUAGAGAUUAUCCGCACCUGACGGAGCUGCAGGUGGACACGAAUACGCGGUGUGAAGCGAUGUGGAGACGAUCGGGGUUUGAAAAGCAUAAAGAUAUGCCAUAUCCGGACUAUCCGAAGUACAGGAAAGCAGCGAGAGAAACACAUCCAAGCCAGCGCAACACGAAAAGGUGGAAGGGGGACUUGGGUUUUAAGACGGCCUGCUAUGUCAGUGGAGAGCAGCGAGUGCAGUACGAAGAAUCUGACAAGCUGUUCAAAAAUUUUCGCCAUGAAAAUCCACUGCCUCCGGUGGUGCCGCGCGAGUCGUCGCUGACUAUCGGAACGCCGGUCAAUAUAGAUUUUUAUCCGUGCGAAGAGCCAGAAUUCUCCGGUGCAAUGGAAACCUAUCAUCCUGGCGCGUAUGGCUUUGAGAUCGUGGAAGAAGACAUGCAUUAUCCCAAAUGGAUUCCUGGAUUUUGGCCUGGAGAUCCGUGUGAAUUUAGUACACUAAGCGUGAAGAUCCCCGGAUCCUGGCAGCAAAUAGUGGAGAAGUAUGGCGAGGAGGAAGGUUUGCAGAACAUGAAGGCCAACCUGAUUAUCGGUUCAUUUGGACGGGUAAUGGCACAGGCGCUAUAUUUGGGUUUCUCCUAUUUGAAUGAACUGACUUAUCCAAUAACUACGCAGUCCAUCUGUACUAAUGGGCGUGAUUGGAUUUUUGGCACAUACCAAGCGAACACCAUUGCAGUUUGGCACGAGGAUCAGUUCAAUCCUCAUCGGAACCUGUGCUGGAUAAGCAAGCCAAUUAAACUGUUUGAGCGCUUGGAAGACGACAAAGUGGUAGAAUUUAAUGAUGAUGUUCUGAAAAAUUUUUUGCGGCAGUACUUGAAAUCUCCGAGCAAGGCAACGGAUGUGAAUUUGCGGCCAUAUCUUCUAAGAGACGAAAAGUCUUACUGGAAAACGGAAGCGAGCACAGUUCCGUUCUAUCAGCGGACAGUUUUCGGAGGUGGAGUGAAGCAACGACCACCGCCGAAGAUGGAAAUCUGAUGUGCUUGCGUUUUUAUUUCAUUUGUACAAAGCUGUUCCGAAAAUUUUGUGCCUAGUAAAUAUUGCGAACAGGGAAAUGACAGACCAAAGAUAAAUAUUCACCA